UGCUGCCUUGGUCCCCGUCUGUUCAGCGUGUAGCUCCGUCCUCCGCGCCUGCAGUGCGAGUCUACAGAAUGGGCGAUAAAGAGCUUGCAAACGGCGUCGAGGGCCCCACGCCCCAGAGCCUGAUCACGGAGGAGCACGUCGCCGCGGCCCUGCGGAAGGACAAGGGCGCCGACGUCCGCCUCACCUCCUGGAGCGUGGAGGACUUCACCAGGAAGGGCGACAACUACGCGUGCGUCGUCAGCAGCGUGCGGGCAAGCUACGCCAAGGGCAAGGAGGACGCAGAGGUCGUGUACGUCGUGAAGUUGAACCCCUGCAGGAAUGUGGAGUCGUUUAAGGAGUUCACCCGCACGAUCUUCGAGAAGGAGUGCCUCUUUUACCUGUCGCUCGUCCCCGACCUCAACCGGAUGCUGGAGGGCGCCGGCCAGACCCUCCUGAGGGUGCCGAGGUGUUUCCACGGCUCCCUCGUGGACGGCAGGGAGAUGAUAUUCUUGGAGGACCUCCGGCCGAGGGGCUUCAAGAUGUUCGACCGCAAAAAGGGCCUCGACGUCGCCCACGCCUCCCUGAUCCUGCAGGAGCUCGCCAGACUCCACGCGGCGUCCGUCCUCCUGCAGGCAGAGACGCCUGACGAAGACCUGAUCAAGAAAUACAAGUUCCUGAAGAAGGACUGGCUUGACGGCAACAAAGAUUCGCCCCACGGCAUCCUGUCCCUCUUCGACGGCUACCUGCGCAACGCCAUCGAGAUCCUGGAGACGGUGGGCGGCUACGAGAGGGCCAUCGCGUGGGUGGAGAGCCUCAGGCCGGAUUUGGAAGAGAUCUUGACGACGAAGUUGGGGAUGGGGAAGUUCAACGUGGUUUGCCAUGGCGACUGCUGGAAUAACAACGUUCUGUUCAGGUACGACGACGAGGGCCGCCCCCUGGAGGUGAUGCUCCUCGACCUCCAGCUGUGCCGUAGGGCCUCCCCCGCCACCGACCUCAACUACCUCCUCUACACCAGCCUCACGGGCGACGUCAGGAAGCCCAACCUCGAGAAAUUCCUGGCCUCCUACUACGCCACCUUCGCUUCGAUCCUCAACGCCGCCGACUUCGGGGGGGACUACCCCUCGGAGACAGAAACGAAGGAGGACUUUCGGGAACACAACGUCGUGGCGGCGGUCUUCGCUAUGAUGAUCGUGCCUAUGGUUCUCAUGGAGUCCGACGACGUGCCGGAGCUCUCCACGCUCACGGACGACAACCUCGACGAUGUCAUGGACGAGUUCAAGGGUCAAGCGCUGAAGCUGCUCGAUUCGAACCCGCUCAUGAAGCCUCGAUUUCUCGCCAUGUUCGACGAGUUCAUGGAAACGGGACUCAUUCCUUGAAGACUUUUCAUGUUUUUUUUUUCUUUCUUUCUUUCUUUUUUCUCCCUCUCUUAUCUACUCAUUCCUUGA